AGCCCGGUCCCUCCCCGCCCGCCACUAAUACGCAACACAAUAUGCAAUUUAGUUAGGAGGACGAUCAAACUACAGAGGAGUGAUCCACCUCGAAACCUGUGACAAACAAACUUGAGGAAUAUUUGGCAACAAAAGAUGAAUCUGCCACAUUCACUUGCAUCUAUGACGAAGUGGCGCAUUUCAUAGUGAGAUUACGCUUGCAGGCGGGAUGCCAUAACCAGCACGAGAGAGGACGAGACCGAAGUAUCAUGGAUUCCUGGAUUUUCCCAUCGACUCCUCCCAACUUGUCGGAGCACCUCAUGUAUGACAGCCUCACGCAGGACAACGGGUCCAACCCCAACGGGAACGUCACCGACCACAGCUUCAACAGAACCAGCACCGUCGUCAUCACCUGCAUGUACUUUCUGGUUUGUGCCAUGGGUCUCUGCGGGAAUGCCCUGGUUAUCUACGUCAUCCUGCGCUACGCCAAGAUGAAGACGGUUACCAACAUUUACAUCCUCAACUUGGCGGUGGCAGAUGUGCUGUUCAUGCUGGGCCUGCCGUUCAUCGCCAUCCAGCUGGCGCUGGUUCACUGGCCGUUCGGGCACGUGCUCUGCAGGGUCGUGAUGACCGUGGACUCCCUGAACCAGUUCACCUCCAUCUUCUGCCUGAUGGUGAUGAGCAUAGACCGCUACUUGGCAGUGGUGCAUCCCAUUAAGUCCACAAAGUGGCGGAAGCCGCGUAUGGCCAAAACUAUCAACCUGACGGUGUGGGGAGUGUCACUGCUGGUCAAUCUGCCUAUUGUCAUCUACAGUGGUGUGAUUACUAAGCAUGACGGCUGCUUCUGCACUAUCGUGUGGCCUGAGCCUCAAGAGGCUUACUACACAGCAUUCAUGUUCUACACCUUCAUCCUGGGCUUCUUUCUGCCCCUCAUGGUCAUCUGCCUCUGCUACUUGUUCAUCAUCAUCAAGGUGAAGUCUUCAGGCAUUCGGGUGGGCUCCUCCAAGAGGAAACGCUCGGAGAGGAAGGUGACCAGGAUGGUGUCGAUCGUGGUGGCCAUGUUUGUCUUCUGCUGGCUGCCCUUCUACGUCUUCAACGUGACCUCAGUGACGGGCACCAUCAGCACCACUCCCAUCCUGAGGAGUACCUUUGCGUUCGUGGUGGUUUUGGGAUACGCCAACAGCUGCGCAAACCCCAUCCUCUACGCCUUCUUGUCUGAAAACUUCAAGAAGAGUUUUCAGAACGUUCUGUGUCUCAAGAAGGUGGGUGGGCUGGAUGAGGCUGAGCGGAGUGACAGCCGGCAGGACAAAUCCCGCAUGAUGAACGACCCCACGGAGACCCAGAGUACCCUGCUGAACGGUGACCUGCAGACCAGCAUCUAAGAGGAAGGUGAUGGGACUAGAACAAACACACACACACAGACGUCUUCUACCAACCCCCACUAGGGUUCCAACUGAAAGGACAUUAUUAUUAAUGUUAAUUAAACUCAGAGGAAAGUUUACAGCACUUACAGAAAUUAAAUAUCAACAAGAUGUCAAAGUGUUAUGUCACAUUUACUCAACCGCCCAAACUGUACACAAAUGCACA